AAGCGAUCUUCAAACGACGCAAGUUCGAAUCAUGAAGAUUCGUGUGCGCUUCCUGGUCGGUGCGUCGCUCCGGGGCGAUGGAGAUUCUAGCUGCAUCUAACGUCUUCGCCACCCCCAGGCAACGUGUGCAGUUUCUUGUCACUGGUGCUACUACUCGCGGCAUGUAGUGGCCACAAAUGGGCCCGAGACGCCGCCAACUCCGUUGACAUCGGGCUCUGGUAUCUUACGGGUGCUGGUGUGCGCUACAAGCUCAUCAAUGCUGGUGCCGAGGCCGGCAACGCGGAGGGCUCUUCGGCGGACCAAGUUGCGACGUAUUACAGAGCCUUUUGGUAAUUAAAGAUUCCGUCUGUACCCGGUUAAAGCUUUCCCCGUGCGUACUGACGCUCGAGUGACCAGCUCGCUCUCGGCUGUUGCAUCCAGCGACCCCUGGUGUUUGGGCGAUGCCACCGCCACGAGAUUUUUUAUCGUCUUGGCACUGAUCGGCGCUAUUGUCAGCUUUACACUUAGCGUCAUGGUGGCGUUCGACAUCAAGAUCCCCACGUGGAACGGGGAGGGCAAAGAGGCCACGCUGGUCACCCCGGUAGUGUGCUCACUGAUCGAAACUGUGACGCUGAUCCCUGCCGUAGCGCUGUGGAAGCGCAUGGUGAUGGUUUACGACAAUCAAUGUCGUGAAACUAUGCACAUCAACACUUUCACGUGCAUCGAAAUGGGCCCCACGCAUACGUAUGCCAUAGCUGCUAUUCCAUUUGCUGCUGCUACCUACUUGCUGUGGCGGCUUUCGCAUUCUUAUCAUGAAGCUAAACAAGCUGGUAGAAUUGCCGAUGGCUUUACACUAGCUGCGAAAACAGAUAUUGUGGACGAGAUCCUUUCGGGCAUUGCCAAUAAGAUUGAUAUCGACGCCAAUGGUUCCGAUGGCAGAAAUGCAUUGCAUUGGGCUUGCACAUUGCAUCGAACAAGUAUUUGCCAUGUUUUACUUAAGAAAGGGGCGUCGAUCAGUAAGAAAGAUAGAGAUGGCUGGACACCGCUACAUUGGGCUAGUCGUGUUGGCAACUUGGACAUCGUACGUCUUCUGGCUAAGUACGGCACCAACUUGAACGUCCAAGAUCGAUGGGGCACAACUCCGUUAAUGUUGACGGUCGUCGGCGAAAGCAAGAUUGCAGCAGAAACGCUAAUCGAAUUGGGUGCUUCGGUCGAUGCACGAAAUGUAUUUGGACAGACACCGCUAAUGCUGUGUGCUGAGGGAGGGGCAUCUCUCCAUCAGCUAGGCAUGGUGUUCUUGAAUGCUGGCUCAAAUCUCUCGUUGCAAGACGCGCAAGGCAUGACAGCAUUACACUAUGCGGCUGCCUGCGGAAGUGGCAAUCUCCUGAUGAACAUGCUCCAGCAAUGUGAUGCUGAGUUGGUUGAUAAACCAAACAAGGUGAGUUUGAACACAAACGAUCAUGAAUUGUUGACGACUAAAAAGAAUACGUUCAAACAGUUUGGAGAAACACUGUCAUAUCUUGCUGUUCUUCACUCACAUCCGAAGAUACUCGACCUGGUCAAGAACUGGCGAGAAGGAAACCUCCUCGUUGCAUUUCAUGAUGACGAUGAUGACAGUGAGGCAAAUAAUAGUACAGGCUCGUCCGAGGACGAUGGUAGCGACGACAGUAGCGAGGAAGAAGACGAUUGAGCAGUGAAAUCAUGAUGCAAUGAUAACAAAAAGCCUUUGGAUCUAU